CAUUAUACCCAGUGAAAGGAACGCGGGAUAUGAGUAGUUCAAAUGUCCCAUCAAGUAACACCAAUUCAAAUGAUUCAUCUCCAAGUGUCAUUGAAAAUUUGCGACAGUAGUAAAUAAAUCACAACACACCAAAGAAAAUGACUGAUUAUAACACAGACAACAUUUUAUGCAAUUAUCCUGCGUGCUUGAGGAAAAAUAUCGAAGAGCUAUGUCUAAGAAGUCAAAUAGGUUUGGGUUCUGUAAGUUUACGAGACAUCUCCAUUUUGUCGAAUAGAUAUAGUAGCGAGGAAGACAUUCUGAGCAAUUAUCAUUUUAUGAUAAAGAUACCUUACGCAGGAAAGCAGCUGAAAUGGGAGGUCAUCUUUGAUCCCGAGAACUUCUAUUUCGCUCCUGAUUUUGACUUCAACGAUGAUCAGUUUUUAAAUAAUCCCGACUACGAAAUGAUUGCCAAUAACGUCCCUGGAAUGGUGGAUUGGAACUUGAAAGACCCUAAAGCCUUGUCUCAGGUUUUAAAUGAGUUUGUUUCGUUGUAUAAAAAGUUACAGAUUGAAAAAUUGAUACAAGAUAAUAUAUACUCUCGAUACUCCGAAGAAUAUCAAAUGUUGGUUACCGAAGAACAGGGCAUAGCUUCGGAGAAUGUAGAAGUUUGUGUAGACGUUAAAAGUAUUUAUUUCCUGAUAUCACUUAAAAUCGACUGUUCGUCUUUGCCCGAAUACAUACAACCUCCAGAAAAUGAUCACACGAUCUGGAACAAUCCGGGCGAAGACUACGCCCAUUUAAAAAUAUGCAUCUUGAAACUUGACGGGACCCAUUCCAACACAACCCUACAGUUAUCGCCGAGGUUAGAGCAGGUGUUGGGAAAUUCCAAAGCCCUGUUCCUCCCGGAAUACAAGAGAGAGUUGUCACUGAUCGAAUAUGUGUCGAAAGUUGCCCAGAUGAUCGACGGUCGUAUAGAAUUGGUAGCAAACCAUUUCAAGAUGAAGAAAAUAUACAUUGCGAGCCUGGCAGCGGCGUGCAGUCGCUACAUCGUCGAGUAUGACACGGAGACCUUCAAUAAGACUGUUUUGCUGUACGGCGUUGGUGAUUAUUGCUGUUUAGUUACGGUUACCAUAGGGUCCAAGUUUCCCCAAGAAAAACCCUCGGUUCAGUUAACUUCGAUUUAUUGCCAAGAGGGAAGGCAAUGUUACGAGAACAUUGAUAAAUAUCCGUAUAUUCCCACCAAUCGACCAGACGAUAAUAUUGAAUUAUUAUUAGAGUACCUUCCAGAAGCGGUUUUAAGGUUUAAACACCAUAAACACUAACUUCUGUAUUAGUUAACUUUAAGAAUGUUUAUACAUAUUCUAAUAAAAAAAUUAAACUGUCUUUUUAAUUAAUAAAAACAUAUUUAUCAUA